AUGGCGCCCUCACAAAAGAGAAAGCCAAUUGAGGACGAUUUCAUCCAUACGCUCUCCGACAACGAUGAAUUGCCUUUUGGAGAGGAAAUAGAAGAGGGCCAGACCUCUUCUGAGCGUCCUCGAAAGAAGGCUAAGACGGCCAAAAAGUCGAAGAAACAAGCCCAGCGCGAUGCUUCGGACGACGAGGACGAAGAAGAGCCAGAGGGAGUUUGGGGCAAGAACGAAGACGAUGAUGGCGCCAUGGACUCGGAGUUCGAGUUCAUGGCCGACGACGCUGGUGAAUUCGCCAGUGAAGAGUUUGAGGGCUGGGGCUUUGACGGCGCCAAGAGUGGAAUGAAUGCCGAGAAGAAGGGUGUGGACCUGGAUGAGAUUAUCAGGAGAAGGAGAGAAAAGAAGCUUGGAAAGUCUGAGGAGGAAGCUACCGAAGACGUCGAGGAAGAUCAAGAAAACGACAUGGAAGUCGACCUCGACGACGACGAUGACGAGGUUCUCGCGGACGACGCUUUUGGUAUGAACGCCCAAUCUGAGGACGAAGAGGAGGAGGAUGGCGAAGAAGGCGACGAGGAAGAAAACGAGGAGGACGGGUCGGAGGAAGAGGAUGACGAUGAGCCAGCCUCGGAUAACGAUUCUGUUGCUACACCUGUGAAUCACCCCGACGAUGAAGGGUCCAGCGACGAGGAGGAUGCAGAGGAGGAAGCGAAAAGGAACGCCUUCUUUGCACCCGAGGAGAAGGAUACAUCUGGCAAGAAAGCAGAUACCUCCUCGUUCCAAGCAAUGUCGUUGUCUCGACCCAUCCUUCGCGGUCUCUCCAACGUGGGAUUUUCCAAGCCCACACCAAUUCAGGCCAAGACGAUACCAAUUGCCUUGAUGGGGAGAGAUUUGGUGGGAGGCGCUGUUACUGGGUCAGGUAAAACGGGUGCCUUUGUUAUCCCUAUCCUGGAGCGAUUGCUGUAUAGGCCAAAGAAGGUGCCCACUACCCGUGUGGUCAUUCUGACACCAACGCGUGAACUGGCCAUUCAGUGUCACGCUGUUGCUACAAAGCUUGCUUCUCACACCGACAUCAAGUUCACGUUGGCCGUGGGUGGUCUCAGCCUCAAGGUCCAAGAGGCGGAACUACGAAUGCGUCCCGAUGUUAUCAUCGCAACGCCCGGCCGAUUCAUCGACCACAUGAGGAACUCUGCCAGCUUCAACGUCGACACGGUGGAAAUUCUCGUGCUGGAUGAGGCGGAUCGAAUGCUGGAAGACGGUUUCGCGGAUGAACUGAACGAGAUUCUGACCACCAUCCCCAAGUCUCGCCAGACAAUGCUGUUCUCCGCCACCAUGACUUCAACUGUCGAUCGUUUGAUUCGCCUGGGGAUGACCAAGCCGGUUCGUCUCAUGGUGGAUUCGCAGAAGAAGACGGUCGGCACACUGGUGCAGGAGUUUGUUAGGCUGCGUCCGGGCCGAGAGGAGAAGCGACUGGGCUACCUUGUCCACCUAUGCAAGACUCUUUAUACGGAGAGAGUAAUUGUAUUUUUCCGUCAGAAGAAGGAGGCCCACCAGGCUCGAAUUAUCUUCGGUCUCUUGGGUAUCUCUUGCGGGGAGCUUCACGGUAGCAUGAACCAGACGAUGCGUAUCACGAAUGUCGAAAACUUCAGAGACGGAAAGGUCACUCAUUUACUGGCUACGGAUCUGGCCUCUCGUGGUCUGGAUAUCAAGGGCGUGGACACGGUCAUCAACUACGAGGCCCCCCAGUCGCUUGAAAUCUACGUCCAUCGUGUUGGUCGAACAGCCCGUGCUGGACGAAAGGGUACCGCCGUGACGUUGGCAGCCGAGCCCGACCGCAAGGUCGUGAAGGCGGCCGUCAAGGCUGGCAAGUCUCAAGGGGCGAAGAUUGUGAGCCGAGUGAUUGACCCGGCGGAUGCGGACAAGUGGCAGGCUCAGAUUGACGAGAUGGAGGACGAGGUCGAGGAGAUUCUCCGGGAGGAGAAGACUGAGAAGUAUCUUGCGCAGGCCGACAUGCAGGUGAGGAAGGGUGAGAACAUGAUUGAGCACGAAGAUGAGAUCAAGUCACGGCCCAAACGAACUUGGUUUGAGACACAGGACGACAAGAAGACUGCUCGGCAGGCGGGCCGCAAUGAACUGAACGGCGCCCGUGAGAAGCCGAAGCUGAAAGCUCCGACGAAGUUGAGCAACAAGGACAUGAAGCGCCUGGAUAACAAGGCCAUGAGGGCCGAAGGCCGAGAGUGGAAGAAGGGAAAGACGAGCGAGAGUGAUGGCAAAGGCAAGUCGUCAAGGGGAGGGGCAUCCCGAGGCCGAGGGGGCAGGGGAGGAGCCCGGGGAGAUGCUCGGGGAGGCUACCGACGCAUGAAGAUUGCCGCCAUGGCCGGGACGCUCUACAGGAGCGGGCAGCAGGCGGUUACGGGGAUACGGGACCAGUAUGCGCAGACCAGGACGGGCGGGGACGGGACUUCGGAUACGAACAGCAUACCGCAUAUCCCGAGUGCUUUCCCAGACGUCGACAUUGUGACGAGGGAAGGUCAACAGAUGAUGCUGUUCCCGUCCUACGCCAAGAAUCACAUCAAGAAGGACUGGAGCAAAAUCACAGCACAACAAGCGCAGAAUCAAACUGCGGGGUUGUCUGAGGAGGACUACUGGAGGCAGGAAUGGGAACGGAACGAGGACAAGAGGGCCAUUGUGGAUGUGGACGUGCGAGGGUGGGUGUACUCUCCCUUGGUAGGGCCGCUGACGAGGCGCAAUCGCAUGCUGCUGGGUCUUGCCCGACAACUCAGCGGCAUCACGGCCCCGAGGGGAGACUCGGCCGGCUACGAUGCCUCAGGUGGGCUCCCUCAAACUCAAGAAGAGCAGGAACGGAUUAAGAGGGAGGCAGCACAGAUUGAGCGAAUAGGCCAACAGGAGAAGCGGGUCGCGUAUCGAGGCGGCUAUAGCGAAAGCCCUCAGCAGAGUUCGGCCGAGCCACCCAGCCUCAGAGCACGGAGCGAGGCCUCAGAUUCGAUGCCGCCGAGCCCGAGCCAGACUGCGACGCAGUACACCACGGGCCCUGUCGAGAUGACCGAAGCAGAAUUAAUUGCGGCCAAUGCGAAUCUCCUCGCGCGUGUUGCGCCGUUCAUGACGAACCCGCUCGUGGCAUCGCCCAUCACCGUCUUCUUCUACAACGAGACCAAAUCCCAGUCUCGGACGGUCAUGACCAACGAUGCCGGCCACUUCGCCAUGAGAGCCCCGCUCGACUUUGUCCCGACGCAUGUCCGAGUACUGGCAAACGAAGACCUAUCCGCCAUCCAAGCCGUCAGGAUCAUUGAGCCAGAAGGCGUGUCAAUAAUUAGCGACGUCGAUGAUACGAUCAAGGUUUCGAACAUCUCAGGGGGCGCCAGGGAGAUAUUUAGAAAUGCAUUUGUGAGAGAUCUAUCUGAGCUGACAGUUGAAGGAGUCGUCGACUGGUACAAGGAGAUGGCGGCCCUGGGCGUCAACAUACACUACUGUUCCAACAGCCCCUGGCAGCUCUACCCUGUCCUUUCCACCUUCUUCAAGCUCUCUGGCUUACCACCGGGUUCACUGCAUCUGAAACAGUACACCGGCAUGCUACAGGGCAUAUUCGAGCCUGUCGCGGAGCGAAAGAAGACCACUCUCGACAGGCUCAUGAGAGACUUUCCUCAAAGGAAGUUUCUCCUCGUAGGCGACAGUGGAGAGGCUGACUUGGAAGUGUAUACGGAGCUGGCCACAGCCAACCCAGGCAGGGUUCUGGCUAUUUUUAUCCGAGAUGUGACGACACCCGAAGUGACGGAUUUUUUUGAGCCUUCAAUCGGCCGGAGGGUGUCAAACAUUUCGCUGGCCAACGGGCCGACGAGGCCCCAGCCCUCGCGGCAGAACUCGGCCAUGCAGACACCCCGAGAGUCACCAAGAUCAAGUGGCCCGCUCAUGGGCGACCUGAUAGACCUCUCCGAGGACCCGCAGCCCAAGCGCAACAAUGCAUCCGAGCUGCUGGCGAAGAAGGUGCCGCCCCCUAGACCUGCGAAGCCGACGGCAUUAAGGAGCACGCCGUCUCAAGUGGGCUUGAAUGAGAAUGCCGGCUUGGGCGUGACUACGGACGAGGAGAAGCCGCCGCCGCUUCCUGCCAGGAAACCCGUCCCUGGACAGCACCCGCUGGCUAAUAUGCAGAACUCUUCAGAGCAGACUAUUGGGAGGAACUCGAAGUCAAGUGACGUCGACUACGAUCCCCUCCCGCCGCCGUCGACCGCACCGCCGCAGCCGUCAUUCAGCUUCUCCCGGAUGCCGACGCGGUCUCCCACCACAUCUCCACCGGGCUCGCCACCGCUGGGUCCACAGGGCGCGCUCAACAGGAAGGUAGAUCUGUGGAAUCGACGGCUCGCUCGGGCAGAAGAUCAGCUCGCCCAGCUGGGGGUGAAGCUGUAUACGUGGCGGCGAGGCCAUGACGUUGUGGAGGAGGCCGCGGGCCUGGUCAGGAAAGCCAAGGAGGAGAUGGAGACGAACAGGAGAUUUACAUCUCGGUGA